GUUUAACUAUAAAAAAGUGAGAUUAAAAGACGAGAAUUGAAAAGUAGACUAGUAGAGGCAGUUAUUGAUCUAACCGGCUGAUUAUCAAGCCUAAUUGUGAUUCUUAAUUGGGAAUGAGCAAUGUCUUGGUAGGUAUGUAAUAGUGAGAGCUGAGAGGGCAUGAAAUGCGUGCAACAACCAUAUUGGAUUUUUAUGAGAAAAAAAUCAAAUUACAGAAAAGUACAAAGGAAAAAUUGACCCCUGAUGCCUUUAAACACCGCACGUUUAUCAUACUUGACAGAGUAAGCUAAACAUUGUCUGACACAGAUACAAAUCAUUGAACUCUUCAUCUAACUUUUAGUCUCAACUGGUUCUACAAAUCAAAUUGGAUCUUUUCCCUUUGCCUUUGAAAUAAUCAACACAACAAUAAUUGGGGCUCUCUUCAAAUUCUGGUUCUAAUAGUUAGAACAAGAAGCUGGCAUUUGACAGCUGCAAUGCACAUUUAAUGUCUUGUACAUAACCUACCACUAGAAAAAUCCUGGUGUAGCUCAAGUGUAAAUCAUAGAGGGGGAGUGAACCAAGAAACUGGAAACCAGUUCAAUUCAUCUUUGUUGUUUAGCUUGGUACACAACAAGAAGUAAAAGUUCAGCAGAUGGAUAGGAUGAAUGAGGGGUUUCAUCCGGAGAGAACAUUGCCAAAUCCACCUCCAUUGCCAGUAGCUUUGACAACUUACUUAUAUAAGAGCAGGAAAUCACCACAUUGCUCCUUUUCUACCGCUACGAAGAAUACAUGGGAUAGCCUCUUUGAUGAAGGUUACAGAGCCGAUGUCUCAAUCUAUACAGAUAAUGGUGGCAUCAUCUAUGCACAUGCUAGUAUUCUGGGUAUGGCUUCUUCAGUAUUCAAAAGUAUGUUGAACUUGAAACAGUCAAGAGCUCAUAGUAGUAGCGGUCAUAGGAGAUCAAUCUCUAUACGUGGGGUUCCACCUGAAGGUGUUCAAAUUUUCGUUAGAUUCUUGUAUUCUUCCUGCUUUGAAGAAGAUAAAAUGCAGGAGCAUGCAUUGACUGUAUUGGUGCUCUCACAUGCAUAUGCAAUCCCCCAUCUAAAGCGAAAAUGUGAGUGUCAGCUACUGGACAAAGGAUUGAUAACUAGGGAUAAUGUGGUUGACAUAUUUCAGCUUGCACUUUUAUGUGAUGCCCCUCGGCUUAGCCUCUUCUGUCACCGCUUUAUGCUCAAACAUUUCAAGGCUAUUUCUAGCACAGAUGGAUGGGAUGCUAUGAAAAAGAGUCACCCAGUGCUUGAAAAACAGAUUUUGAAAUCUGUAAUUGAUGAGGAUAUUAGGGAUAAGGAAAGGGUAAGAAAAAUCAAUGAGAGAAAAGUGUACAUGCAACUAUACGAGGCAAUGGAAGCUUUGGUUCACAUAUGCAAAGAUGGUUGUCAAACCAUUGGUCCAUAUGAUAAAAUCUUGAAAAAGGAUCAAGCACCAUGCAAAUAUUCAGCAUGCAAAGGGCUAGAAUUGCUCAUUCGUCACUUUGCAGGAUGUGAAAUGAGAGUUGGUGGGGGCUGCAAACACUGCAAGAGAAUGUGGCAAGUGUUGGAACUACAUUCUCGCCUUUGUGCUAAUUCGGAUGUUUGUAGAGUUCCUUUAUGCAGCUUUGAUCCAGGAGUCAUCAUUUAAUGCUUCAUCAACAUUCUUGGGUUCCAGUUGUGAUAUCAAAGCGAAUGCUGUCAUCUGCCUGUGAGAGGAUCUGGUUUGCAUCUUUGCUUUUGGAUCCCCAAGAAUGAAUUCGUUUGGAAAACUGGCUUCACUUCUCCAUUCUCGUGGACUAUUUAUUUGUUGUGGCUCGGAAGCAGUUUUGUCUUCAAUCAUUUCUUGAGUUGAUUGUUAUUCGAUCUCCUUACUUUGUGUGAUAUCUGUUUGUGAUACUUCAGUAGACUACUUCUAUUGUUAUGGAUGAAGCACUUGCAUCCAAAGGGAAAAAAGUCGCUUAUGUUUGGUUGUUUACCUUUCCAAAGUUCGUAAGGAGUCUUCUUCUGAAUUGGCCUUAAUAGGCAUUGAUUUAGUAUGAGACAGGUAAUACUCACAGCUUCGGCGUAGAAGCGAUCGGGCAAUACCCACAGCUUCGGCCUAGAAGCGAUUGGGCAAUCCUCGUUCAAGCAGCAUUGUUCGGGUAGUGUCUUGAAGUGAUCGAUUCUUUCUUUCAAUGACUCCAUUUUUUGAGGAGAUCGAGGUGAAGAGAAGGUUUGUGUGUAGCCUUGUUGAGCACAUAAUUCUUCAAAUGACCUAUUUUCAAAUUCUUUUCCAUGAUCACUGUGAAUGGUUGAGAUAAAGUAUCCUUUCUCUCGUUGUACUCUUCUACAAAAGAUCUCAAAUUGAGUGAAAGCUUCAUCUUUGUGAGUUAGAAAAAAAACCCAAGUAAAUCUAGAAUAAUCAUCUACAAUGCAUAUUUCUUGCCAUCUAUGCUAGCAGUUCUAGUAGGUCCAAACAAGUCCAUAUGCAGUAGUUGAAGGAGUUUGGUGGUGCUAACAAUAUCCUUAGGUUUGAAAGAGUUCGAGUUUGCUUUCCUAACUAGCAUGCAUCACAAAUAUGAUCUUUUGAAAAAUUUAGUUUGGGGAGUCUUAGGACCAAAUCAUGCUUAGAGGUUUUUUUAAGAAUAUGCAUGCUAGCAUGACCUAUUUUUCUAUGCCAAAGCCAUGGAUGCAAAUCAAUAUUACUGAGAACAUAAAUAUUUUCUACUCUUUCACUGAAGAUGAUGGUAUUUCUUGAUGCAUGACUCAGUGUGCACUUUAUAUCAUCGAAUAGUACUUUGAAUCCAACAUCGUAAAGUUGACUGAUACUCAGAAGAUUUGAUUUGAUUCAAUUUACUAGGUAUACUUCCACUAAGUCACAUGAGGAAGUGAUGCAUCCAAUGCCAACAACAUCUCUUUUAGCAUUAUCACCGAAUCUGAUUUGUCCUCCAUCUAUCUUUUUCACAGUUUUAAAAUUAUUCCGUUUACCUGUCAUGUGUCUGGAACACCCACUAUCAAUGACCCACAUAUACUUUUUAAAGGUCUUCUUGGGUUGUUCCCGCAAGACAGAGAAAUCAGUUUCCUUUAGAUACCCAAGUGUUCUUGGGUCCUUGCAGAUUCAUAGUGUCUUGCCCUGGAUUAGUAUUUUUAGGCCUCCAGACCCAUUUUCCUGGUCUGAUAUUCUUGUAGUUGCAAUCGAAGGAUUUGUGACCUAAUUUACUACAAGAGUAACAUGAAAUUGUUUUAGGAAAAUCAUUUGAUGCAGAGUAAAAUUCAGUUGAGAACAGGUCAAUAGUCGACUGGUUCCUUCCAAAAUUUAAGUUAUUAUUAUUCCUCAAAUAAGAUCUAUUUGAUUUGACAGAACUGUGACUAGGUGAUUUCUUAAUGCUAUUUAAUUGCAUUCUGAUUUCACCCAAUUCCUCUUCAAGCAAGUCUACUUCAAUUUGACUUGCUUCUAGAAGAUCUGCCAGUUCUUCUUUUCUUUAGCCAACUUAUUGUAUUCAUCAAUCAUAUUUUUAAGGUCAUCAGAGACCAAAUCAAUAGAUGCUUGAAUUUCAACACAUUUUGGAUAGGUGGGAGUUCUUACCUCACUGUUGUCUCCAAUAGCCAUAAAACACAUGUUGGCUACAUUCUCUGGUUCUGCUUCUGACUCAUCUUUAUCACUUAAAGCUCCAUAGGAUCUGGUAGUGUGUUUCCUUAUGUAAUUCUUCUUCUUAAGUUCUGGAUAUUCUUCCUUAAUGUGUUCUGGUUUUCCAUAUUGAUAGCAUCUAUCGUUAUUCUUUUGCUCAUCGCUGUUUUUGCAUCCAUUUUGAGGGUUCUGCCUUUUUUUCUCAGGAUGUUUUUGACUCCUCCGUUGAUCAUGGCCAGAGCUUCAUUGCUAUCAUCAUCUUUGUUACUUUUCUCUGUGGUAGCCUUGAAUGGAACAGUCUUUUUCUUUUCUUCAUUUGAGUAUCUUUUAAUAUGAUUAGUUUCCAGCCCCUAAAACAGAAGGAGUUGAAACUCUUUCUGCAAAAGAAUAAAGUAGAAAUCCUUGGAUGUUUAGAAACACGAGUAAAGGAACAUAAGUCCUUAGGUAUUUUGAAUAAAGUAGCACAGGGUUGGAAUUUCAGAUGAAACUACCCCAUGGCCCUAAAUGUUAGAGUAUGGUUGCUAUGGAAAAGUCAUAUACAACUACAGGUCCUUAUGGUACAUGAGUAGUUCAUCCACUGUCAUGUUGAGAACCUAACCACAUGUUUUGCUACUGAUCUAACAAUAGUCUACGCUAAGAAUGAUGCCCAUUGGACAAUGUGCUUAUGGGAUGAGUUGAGAAGCUGAUACCUACUGUUUAAGGGGCCUGGCUAUUGACAGGUGAUUUUAAUUUUGUUUUGUCCUUAGAGGACAGAAUUGGCUCCAUAGUAACACCAGCUGAAACACAGGACUUUAGGGAUUGGGUGGAUGCUCUUCAACUAACUUCCUUAAAAUCAAAGGGGUGUCAAUUUACUUUUUGUAAUAAGCAACAACAGGAUGAUAGAGUAUAUUCAAUAAUUGAUUGGGCUUUUGGGAACUUACAUUGGCUUCAAAAGUAUGGACAUGUUGAGGCAGAUUUCCUUAACCCAGGGGUCUCUGAUCAUACCCCGGUGCUUAUUCAAUAUAAAACUCAAGUGAAUAUCCAUCCUAAACCAUUAAAGUUAUUCAAAACUGUGAUGCAACAUCCGAAAUUUGAGGGGAUUUUAAAAACUGUUUGGGCUAAGCAACUUUAUGGCACAAGAAUGUUCUAGUUGAACCAGAAGCUUAAACAUCUCAAAGAACAACUUAGAGAUCUAAAUUAUUACAUGGCUUCAUAUGCUCACAAAUUACUCCAAGCCAGGCAGCACCUGGACAUUACACAGGCCCAAUUGUCAAUUCACCCUAUGGACCAAAUACUUAUAGAGAAGGAAAAGCAGGCGAUUAUGGAAAUUAAUAAGUAGAUCAAGGUUGAAGAACUGGCCCUCAGACAGAAAUCAAGAGCUUGCUGGAUCUCUUGUGUGGAUGCAAACUCCAAAUUCUUUCAUGCCCAGUGUAAGAUUAGAGCAAGCAGGAACAAUAUAAACUCUGUAUAUGAUGAGGCUGGAAUGAAGAUCACUGAUCCUUUACUAUUUGAAAAUGAGUUUAUCAACUUCUUCACUAAACUCAUGGGGUCUGCAGAUACUGAGCUGCCUUGCCCUGAUGCUGAGGUGAUUAAAAAGGGCCCCCGUCUAUCUUAUGACUAGAAGCAAAACCUUAUCCAAACAGUUACUGAUCAGGAGAUUAUUAAUGCUAUAAAAGGAAUGCCUUAUGAUAAAGCCCCUGGGGUAGAUGGUUUUCCCAUUAAGUUCUUCUCUCAACAUUGGGAAAUAGUCAAGCAAGAUGUACUCAAUGCUGUAAAGGAAUUUUUCUACUCUGGUAAGCUCCUUAAAUUAUUUAGCUGCAUUGCUGUUACACUAGUGCCAAAGAUAAUUGCUCUAACAGUGGUUAAAGACUUUAGACCAAUAGCAUGUUGCACCAUCAUCUACAAGAUUAUUACAAAGGUCUUAACUAAUAGAAUUAAAGGUGUCAUUAGUACUAUUGUUAGCCCUUCUCAGAUUGUUUUUAUUGAGGGCAGGAGUAUUAUUGACAACAUUCUAUUUAGUCAUGAAAUCCUGAAAUGGUAUACAAGGAAGGGUCUAUCCCCUAGAUGUGUAAUGAAAGUGGACCUAAGGAAGGCCUAUGACUCAAUUGAGUGGUGUUUUUGAGGAGUAUGUUGGCUGACCUUGGGUUUCCUUACAGAUUCAUUCAAUGGGAUAUGGAAUGUGUCUCUUCUGUAUCCUAUUCCCUAGUUUUAAAUGGGGGUCUCACCAAACCUUUCCAGGGGAAGAGGGGAGUUAGACAGGGUAACCCUUGUGAUAGCUAUGGAGUACUUACACAGGGAACUAAAUGUACUGACCACUAAUCCUCAAUUCAAAUUCGACCAUAGAUGCAAGAAGUUAGGAGUGAUGCAUAUUUGUUUUGCUGAUGAUCUUUUGAUGUUCUGUAAAGCUGAUAUUACCUCUAUAAAACUGCUCCAAGAGGCUUUCUCCUUCCCUUAAUGCUUACAUCUGCUGCUAUUGUGAUGAUAUAGUAAUAUGGUCCUAGGCUACUGGUUUUAUAUCCUUUAGUAUUCGUUUGAUGUAUUUGCUCAUGUUUGUCAACUGGUUUUUUACUUUGGUUUAUGAUAGUAGUGAUGUAGUUAGGAUCCUUUUGCAAAGUUGAGUCCAGUUCCUUUUGAUUUUGAGAAACAGGAGAUCAAGCCUGUUUGGUUUUGUAACUAUCACUUUGGUUUAAAUAAAAUCAUUUAUUUACCAAAAAAAAA